AUGGAAGCUUACGACACAGCUCUGGUCAACAGCUUCUACGCCUUUCCCGAAUUUCGGAGGUCUUAUGGCCGUCCCACGGGCAAUGAAAGUUUCGAAAUCCCGACUGCCUGGCAAUCUGGCCUUAUAAAUGGUGCUCGGUCUGCCGAAAUCGUAGGCCUUUUUGGCCAAGGCUACCUGGCAGACCGCUUCGGGUACAGGAAAACGAUGAUGGUCUCGCUGGCGGCAAUGUCGCUUUUUAUCUUCCUGGCAUUUUUCGCCGUCAACAUCGGCAUGCUGCUGGCCUCGCAAGUCCUCUGUGGGUUGUCCUGGGGCGUGUUUCAGACUCUAAGUACAACAUACGCCGCUGAAGUCGUGCCCGUGGCGUUACGCGCUUACUUGACAAGCACCGUGAAUCUGUGCUGGUUAAUCGGCCAGCUUAUCAGUGUCGGCGUGGUGCGAGCAUUCAUAAACAACACCUCUGAGUGGUCAUACCGGAUCCCUCUUGGACUGCAAUGGAUGUGGGCCAUCCCAAUCCUCAUUGGAGUGGCAUUUGCGCCAGAGUCGCCCUGGUGGCUGAUCCGCCAUAACCGUCCAGGAGAUGCGAAGAAGUCGCUGCUACGCCUUACAAGGCGGGCAGUAGGUUUCAACGCCCACGAGACAGUCUCCAUGAUGAAGCACACCAACGAAGUGGAAAAGCACCACAACGGCGGCACAUCCUAUUGGGACUGCUUUAAAGGUACAAACCUGCGUCGAACCGAGAUCGCCGCUGCAGUCUGGAUCACGCAGGCUUGGAGCGGCUCAGCCCUGACCGGCUAUGCAGCCUAUUUCUACGUCCAGGCAGGCCUUACUCCAGAAAGAGCUUUCGAUCUCUCGACGGGCAUGUACGGCUUGGCAAUCCUCGGUGGCAUCAUGGCCAUGUUCAUCAUGCGGGUCGUCGGCCGCAGAACCCUGUAUAUUUGGGGAUUGGCGGGGUGCUUCAUCACCUUGCUGGUAACCGGGGGCGUGAGCACGCGGCCCGAAUCUUCAGCUGUAUCAUGGGCGCUUGGCUCCUUAGUUCUCCUUUUGACCUUCAUCUAUGAUAUCACUAUCGGCCCCGUCUGUUUCGCCCUCGUGGCUGAGAUUCCGUCGACGCGCUUACGCGUCAAGACCGUGGUUCUGGCAAGAGUCGCAUACAACAUCGUAUCCAUAAUAAGCAACGUACUGAUGCCUAAGAUGCUGAAUCCUACCGCGUGGGACUGGGGGGGUAAGGCGUCUUUUCUGUGGGCGGGAACCUGUAUUCUCUGCUUGAUAUGGUGCUAUUUCCGGCUGCCGGAGCCCAUGGGCCUCACGUACAUAGAGCUGGAUGUCUUGUUCGAGAAGAGAGCUAGCGUUAAUAAGUUCAGACAGGUGCAGCUCAAGCUGGCGUCGACAGGAUAUUUUAGUCUCGAUACGUCCGGCACCGAUAGGGCUAAUGGUUGGCGGGGGAUAGCUUUUUGA